CGCUCCGCCGCGGACUAUAUUUCCCAGCGGCCCCCGCGGCGCCAAGAUGGCGGCGGGGAGCGGCGGCGCGGCCGCCCGGGAGCUGUUCGCCGAGGGGCUGCUGCAGUUCCUGCGGCCGGCGGUGCGGCAGCUCGACGGGCACGUCCACGCCGUGAGGGAGAGCCAGGUGGAGCUGCGGGAGCACAUCGACAGCCUGGCCACAGAGCUCUGCCGCAUCAACGAGGACCAGAAAGUGGCGCUGGACCUCGAUCCCUACGUGAAGAAGCUGCUGAACGCCCGGCGCAGGGUUGUGCUGGUCAACAACAUCCUGCAGAACGCUCAGGAACGGCUGCGGCGGCUGAACCACAGCGUGGCCAAGGAGACGGUGCGGAGGAAAGCCAUGCUGGAGGCGGCGGGUGGCUACCCACAGGGCCUGCCCGGCAAGUGAGGGCCCCCCCGGGCGUCCCCGAGUGGAGCGGGUGGCCCCGCUGGUAUCUGCCAAGGGACAGAGCGAGAGGUCCCGCGCGGUGAGGCCGCGGCGGUUGUGCCGCGGCUGAAGGAACCGGGGUCCCCGGUGGUGUGUGAGCAGGUUUGUAGGCGCCGGAAUAAAGCGAUGAGGAGGCA